ACCAUCACAAUGAGGCCGUCUCUGUCUUCUGUCCUCCACAGUCCACACCACACUAGAGCGUCCGGACGCCGGCCGGGAGAUAAUGCGGACAUGAUCUUUGCCUUUUGCUGUAGCAUCACGAUAAUCCUCCCCUUCAACCUGUUCCAACGGCUGUAGCAGCCCGGAAUCAGGGAAGGCUCCUCGGCUGGAUCCGUUAGUUGCCUUGACCACGGGCGGAUCCGGCCGGCGCGGCGCUGCGACAAAGGGCGGUCGUGAUUCGCGACACCAGCGGUGGCCGGUAACUCCUCGUAUGCAUCCGCAGCACAGCUGCCUCACUCCUUAGCGCGUUCGUCCAGGACAGAUCCAUGGCGGUAGUGACUGGGGCUCUGCCAAGCGUCCUCGCCAAGCUCGGCGAUCUUCUCAUCGGAGAGUAUAAGCUGCAAAAGGGCGUCAAGGGGGAGAUCAUUUUCCUCAAAGCUGAGCUCGAGAGCAUGAAGGGCGCACUCGAGAAGCUCUCCAGUAAACCGGCAGACGAGCUUGACAUUCAGGACAAGAUCUGGGCCAAGGAUUUGAGGGAGCUCUCCUAUGAUAUAGAGGAUAGUAUCGACACGUUUAUGGUGCGUGGCAAAGCCAGUCAGUCGGCCAAGCUGCAUGGCAUCAGGAAGUUUAUUGACCGAAGUGUCGGUUUGUUCAGAAAGGCAAAGAUUCGCCAUGGGAUCGCUACUGAGAUUAGAGACAUCAAGAGCCGUGUUGUAGAGGUGCACGAGAGGCGUCGCAGAUAUGAUGUCAGCCUCGGUGUUGAUAAGCCUAGCACAGCUGCUGUGGACCCACGUUUAUUUUCUCAGUACACAGAGAUUGAAGAGCUUGUUGGCAUUGUCGAGACAAGAGAUGAGCUAAUCAAUAUCGUGAUGGAAGAGAAUGAAGUGCCCAUUCAGAAAGGCAAGAUAGUUACCAUUGUUGGAUUUGGUGGGUUGGGAAAAACUACUCUUGCUCAUGCAGUUUUUGACAAGAUUAGACCAGGAUUCGAUUGUUGUGCUUCUGUAUCAGUCUCUCAAACUCCUGAUUUGAAGAAAUUGUUGAAGGGCAUCCUGUAUCAGCUUGACAAGAAGUAUGAGGACAUCAAUGAAAAACCAUUGGAUGAGGGUCAGCUCGUCAAUGAACUAAGAAAAUUCCUUCGACGCAAAAGGUAUUUCAUUGUUAUUGAUGACAUAUGGGAUAUCUCAGUCUGGAGAAUGAUCAAAUGUGCUUUGCCUCAUAGCGAUGCUGGAUACAUAAUUAUUACAACCACACGUAAUUCGGAUGUUGCUGAAAAAGUUGGUAGUCCUUAUAACAUGAAACCACUUUCUCAGAAUAACUCCCGAAAAUUGUUGUACAAAAGAAUAUUUGGUAAUGAAGGGAAAGACAACAAUGAAGAUAUAGAAAAAUGUCCCGAUGCAGAGUUAACUGAAGUAUCAGAGAGGAUACUAAAGAAAUGUGCCGGUGUACCCUUGGCUAUUAUUACAAUGGCUAGUCUACUCGCUUGUAAACCAAGAAAUAAGAUGGAUUGGUAUGAGGUGUGCAACUGUAUUGGUACCGGUCUUGAGAACAGUAUAGAUGUGGAGAAUAUGAGAAAGAUCUUAUCAUUUAGCUAUUAUAAUAUGCCGUCCCAUCUGAGGACUUGUUUAUUAUAUUUUAGCGUAUUUCCAGAAGAUUAUAAAAUAGAAAAACAUCGUUUGAUAUGGAUGUGGAUAGCUGAAGGCUUUAUCCAAUGUGAGAAACAUGGGGAGUCCUUAUUUGAUCUAGGGGAGAGUUACUUCAAUGAGCUCAUAAGUAGAAGUAUGAUCCAACCCAUACAUGGUUAUAAUAAUGAUACGAUAUAUGAAUGUCGUGUACAUGAUAUGGUGCUUGAUCUUAUAUGCUCCUUGUCAAGUGAAGGAAACUUUGUUACUAUAUUAAAUGGUACAGAUCACAUACCUCCAUCAAAUACGAUUCGGAGGUUAUCCCUUCAAAAUGGCAAGGAGCAUCUUUCUGAAACUCUGGAAACCAAGAGGUUGCAACAAGUAAGGUCAGUUGUUGUCUUUCCAUCUGGCAUUAGUUUGAUGCCAGUUAUUAGGAGUUUCCACUUUCCAUCUGCCAUUAGUCUAAUACCGGUCUUUAGGAGCUUCCAAGUUUUACGCGUACUGGACUUACAAGAUUGUGAUCUUUCGCAAGGUUAUGGUCUCAAGUACCUUGGGAACCAAUUUCACUUGAGGUACCUAGGACUAUGUGGCACAAGCAUUGCGCAACUGCCUGAAGAAAUAGGAAGCUUGCAGUUUUUACAAAUAUUGGAUGUACGGAGAAAUAAACUCUCAUGCUUGCCAUCAACUGUUGUUCAGCUGAAACAUUUGAUGUGCCUGUACACCGACUUGUCAAUCAGAGUGCCAAAUGGGAUUGGGAGCUUAACAAGACUUGAAGAGAUGUCGGAACUAUUAAUUGAUGACUCCAACAUGGACAUCCUAGAAGAAUUGGGAUGGUUAUCGGAGCUAAGAGUGCUGCGUAUUGCCUUGGGCGGAUGGAACAACAAUCUGGUGGAGUGCCUAGGCAAGCUGCAAAAGCUCCGCGAGCUUAGUGUCUGGGCUCGCGGUGGUCAAACCAACAUUGGUGGAUUGGAUGCCUGGGUUGCCCCUAGACAUCUCUUUAGUCUGUCGACACGGUGGGGCUGCUGGUUCUCAACCCUGCCAGCAUGGAUUAAUCCGUCGCUUGUGCCGGACCUCUCCAAGAUAUUCAUCGGCAUAAGGGUACUACAGCAGGCCGAUCUGGAUAUACUUGGGAGGUUGCCUGCUCUUUGCUAUCUAGAGAUGCAGGUGGAGCAUGAGGAUCUUGGAAUCCCUAGUGGAUUCCUCGUUGGUGCGGAUUCAUUCCCCUGCCUUUUAUCCUGCGAGUUCCGGGGAUUUGUCAGGCCUGUAUUGUUUCAGCAGGGAGCUAUGCCGAGGCUGAGAACGCUUUGGUCCUGGUUUUCUGUACGAGGGGCGAGAGAAAUCGCCAACAGCUAUGGUGGUCUCGACUUGGGCUUGAUGAACCUGCCAUCGCUCCAGAAGGUUAGCGUUGGAUUGGAUUGCAAUGGCGCUAAUGAUGAGGAAGUGAAGGAAUUGAGAGCUGUGCUGAGCCAUGGUACUAAAAUCCAUCCUAAUCGUCCACGCCUUUGGAUAAAUAGGAAAGCGGUUAAAGAUACAGAUAAUGAGUGAAUGACUGGUGUUACGGCGUGCCUUGCUGCGGAGGAAGUAUGGAGGGGAGACAGGGAGGUUAGGGCGCCCUGAUCUGCGGCGUGCCGGAGCCGUGGCUGGGAGGCAGCAGAUCGGGACAGAGGUAGGAGGAGACGCCAGGCGCUCUAGGGAGAUAUAAUCUCAAUCCUGGGCUAAGCCCUUUUCAUUAAACCGAGUUGAACUCUUAUAGUCUUUUACAUAAUAGGAAAUCUGAGUUUCCAACAAACUCUAUCUAAUAACCCUCUGUAAAUAGAAUUAAUAAUUAAGACUUCUAAAAGUCUAAUAACUGAGAGUCCUAGAAACAAGGGACUCAACUCCCUGGGCGUGAUCAGCCACCUGAUCAGCCACCCAGCGCCCUAUCCCUUCUACUAUAGACGUUGCCAGUCAUAACAACUGGACUGGGCAAAAGAUUUCUAAUUAUGCAGCUCCAGUCCAUCCCAAUCGGCCAAUCAUUGAGGUAGCGACAUUAAAAUCACAAAGUGCGCUGGGCUACAAUUGUUUCCAUGUCUCCCUAAAUAAAAUAUCCCUGCUUCAAGUUCACCUCCCUGCAGCCUGCAAUAGCUAAUGAAGUUGCAACACUUAAACAGACUUCUUUUUUUCUAAAAAAAUGGUGUCAUUUAAUCUCAGUGACAUUUAGAGAGAUGGAGGCCCACAGUUUUUAACUAAAAUGAUACUAGCACUAAAUUGACAGAAUCAGCUGUUUGAAUGUCAGGUAAAUGAUUAUGAUCAGUUGCAGUCUCAUGUGAUGGAGAGUCCCAGUUAAGGUGUAAUGUUUUGCCAAUUAUACUUGAAUGAUAAGCUCAGUUAAGGUGUAUGUUUUAUGCACGCAUGCUGCUAACUUGGAGGCCUUCAUAGCCUGCUAAUUAAUUCUUAUCAAACA